AUGCACAGCCCACUAGGCUACCCGACAGUGCGCUCCUACACGACGACCACCAGCAACACGAACCGGCAGAUGAAGUCGCCGGGUUAUUCGGCUCGCCGCGAGCGUCUGCGUAUGGAGUCCGAACAGCAGGAGCAGUUGCUCAGACAACAGAAGACGAGUCGAAGUCGCAUCCAAGUCGGUUCAUCCAGUGAUCUCCAUCAGCAGCAAAUGCAACGACGACAGCACUACCACUCCAUGUCCACCAUUCAGGUAGGGUCGGCGCCUUCAUGA